CAACAAUCUCUCUGUUGCCUAAUUGACACGACGAGAUGACCACACUCUCCUGAAUAUCGUCGUAGAAGAAAAUUUGCAAAUCUAUCGAUACGCGACGUUUCGAUAUAACAUAACAUAUAUCAUAACAAUAAACAAAAUGUAAAAAGCGAUGAUAGAGGUUCGCCCGAUGACAGGAAGCUGAUAUAAAACUUCCUAAAGUCAAUUGAUCAUGGAGCAUGAAGGUUUAAAUUAUCUUCCAACCAUUCUCCUUCUACGAGUUUUAUUUCUCCUUGCAACACGAAAUCUUUUUUCCAGACUCAAAUAAUUUGUAUAAAAGUGUAUAUUCCUCAGAGAGCAAGUCAAAUUCUAAAUUGGAAACGAAGAAAUUAAACAGAAUCAGCGCGUGCGUUCGAUUAGUAAUAAGACCUCUCAGAAUAUUCCAAUUCGUGAGUAUUAAUUACAAACAUGAUAUUGCGAUACACUACUCUAGUUGAUAUUACACUCGAGGAUAUUCCAUCGAAAUUAAUUGAAUGAAAGUGGUAAUUAAACGAGACUUUUUGAUUAAUUAGCUAGUGGUACUACUGAUCUUUGUACUUAUCAUUUACACGAUAUCACUGGGUGAUUCUACUUUACCAUCUAUAACGUGUAUUUUACUGAUCGUGCUUGCUGGAGUGUACGUUUUCGUCUUGUCGAUCGAUCUAAUUAGUCAGUUCAUCGGAGGAGAAUUGAACACGAUGCCGGUAAUCACUUGUAUGAAGAAAGUUUCCACGAAAAAUUAACAUUAAUUUUUACAUCGUAUCUAUCACAAUAAAGAUAUAAAUGAAUGUCAAAGAGAAGCAUAAAACAUUUUUAUUGCAGAUGUUUCUUUUUUCCUUAUUGGGCACGAUAUUCUUCGCAAUCGCUGGAAUCCUUCUAUUAUUAAGUUACUCUUCACCAUGGUACAUAAUAACAAUGGCGUGUCUUUCUCUUUUCGCGUUUAUCCUCUUCGUAAUCGAAGUCUCAUUGAUACUCGCGUAAGUCCCAAGUCGAAUAAAAUUUUCCAAUUCCGAUUUUUCUAUCAGUGAACUAUGUGUUCCGUGUCAGAUUUUGGAAACGUACCUGCAAUCUCUGUCGGCAGUGCUGUUACGCGAAGCCGACUGAAGUAUUGUUUCAGAAGGAAACCUGCGGCCCCUUGUCCGCCGAAGUGAGUUGAAACAUUGAACAUAAAACUUUAUAGAAGGAUAAAAAAGUAGAAAGAUAGAAACUUUGCUUCUGCUGAUUUCAGAGUUCAAGCAAGAACGAUGCAUUCCUAGAUAAAAUCUAUUUAAAUAAGAUCUAAUAAAUAGUCAUCUAAGACGAAUUUUACAAAUUAUCUACCGGUUGAUAGGUCAAUUUCAUAAUAGUAUUAUAAUAUUAAUAGUAAGUAAUCUAUGUUCCUGGAGUGUAACGUUUCUUUUAAGGUAUCUCUCUACAAUCUAGACGGUCAAACAUGACCUGAUGACCAGCGUCAGCAGCAUCAAAGUACCUUUCGGUGAGGAAGACGUAGUCGCUGAUCACAGUCACAGAAAGGUUUCAUUUGGACGUCGACGGCAAUACGUCGAUUGUCCAACAAGUGCACGGAGCUUGUGCUACGUAGAAGUUGCUGAUGUUCAAACGGAUCAUCAGCAAACAUUGAGCAGACAGUGCCAAACUCAGCGAGAAGUAAAAGAGAUGCCUGUGCAAACUGUGAGCAGAUGCGAGCUAUGCAAUCGCGCUAUACAAUUUUUCGCAAGCUCUUCAGCUGUGAUGCAGCCUACGAUUCAACAAGCUCCUUGCGUACCUUGUCCUGCAUUUCUACAGCUUCUUAGAGGAUCAACGUGUUGUACAAGUUGUAGGUGUGUCACAGGUAUAAUUCAAGUAUCGCAGCAAAGUCAACAGCAGCAAACGCAGCGGGUAGAGCAAUCGAAGCAAGAUAAGGAAACAGUAAAGGAACAAACGGACAGAGUGCAAUCGGUGGAGAAGAAAUCCUACGAUAUGUUGACGAGCACCCAACACGAAGCGCAAGAUCCGAAUUUAAGAGGAGUCUCGGAAACGAAAAUCACAAAAUUCACUCUCGGUUCUUACUGCGUGACGCCGAAAACUCACAUAUCGUGCCAAACUGCCUCGAAAGCGACGAAGAAAGGUGAAUCAGAAGAAGUGAAGAAGGUAAAGGUAAAUGCAGUGAAAAAGGAGAAGGAGGUGAAGAAAAAUAAAAAUGAGAAAGAUGAGAAGAAGAAAGUGAAACCAACGAGUAUGGCGAACAAGUCGAAAUCUCCACAGAAGACAAAGUUAAAUAAAGAUGUGGAACCUUCUACGGACAAACCAGAGAAAUCUUUCAAAGAAACAGAUUCCAUAUCUAAAAACCCAACUGUAUCCCCCACGUUAGAAACGUCAGAUUCUGUUUUGGAAGCUACAGACAGCCAAUUAGAAAAUAUCCAUAAGUUGAAUCCUGUAGAAUCGAAGGUGUUAAUUCCCCCACCAUGCCAGGUAGCAGAAAUGAUAAAUUGUACACAAGAAAUCGAGAAUCAAUCGAGAACGAAACCAGAGAAUCCAUCGAUAUUUGAAGGUAAUAAAGAAGACGAUAAACAACGGAAAAUUGAUGCUGAUCAGAAAGAUGAAAAGAAGAGUACUCUUACUGAAGAUUCGAUCAGCAUGGACGAAGCGUUAAACUAUACACUAUGUCUGAAUUUGAAAGAAAAUGUAAAAAAGCCUAAAGUUUCUAAUGAUCGAUUGAAGAAUGAUAAAUCAACUGUAGAACAGGUAUUGGAAACUGAUUCGGAAUCUCAAUCUCAAGCGGAAACACAGACUACUCAUACAGAAAUGACCAAUUCAGCUACCAGAACGAAAAGAAUGUAUGGGUUCCGAAAAAACAACAAAGUUGAACCUACUAAACUGUCAUACACUGAGGUCGAUAUCCAAACUCCUGAUUAUAGUGGGAGUUCUAAUCCCAGGAAGAUAGAGACAGCAGAGGGACUUAUUGAAGAGAAACAGACCAAUCCUGAACGAAAAGUUAUAAAUAUUUGUCCAGUUUGCAACAGGACACAGGUACCUGUAUCGCCUAGUUCCUUACAUUAUACUGCUCAUAGAGAUAAGCAAGGACGAUUCUACUGUGAAUAUUGCGCGACUCCAAAUACGAUAAAGGGAUUAUGUAAAGGCGAGCAAAAACGUUUAAAAUGCACUGGAUGUGGCGAGUAUUUACAUACGAAGAGCAGUCAGAGCACUCGAAAUAAAUCCGACAAUUGUCCACGAUGUGCUUCAAUACCAAGCCCUGCACAAUCAAGUGUGCCAGCAUAAUUUUUUCAAAAAAAAAAAAAAAAAAAAAGAUAAAAACAGAUAAAAUGUGUUCUUAGA